CAUACCUCCAUCAGCGCCCCCUCAACUUUCCUCGCGCUCCUUCAGGAGUAACUUCGCAGAAGGGCGCUCGGAACCGAAUCGGAGUGACUCCGGUCUCUCAGGAAUCAGAAUCCGACCAUGAAACUGUCGUCGAUCCGCAGCGCGUGCGGGAGUCUCCGUGUGAACGCACCGCGCGCGGGAGGAAGACCGUGCGGGACGCCGCGGAGAUGUUUUCCCGGUGGAGUUUCAAACCAGCGGAUAACCGUCCGGACGGUGAGCGCCGCCGCCGGUACCGGAACCAGCGCCAAAUACAGCGUCAAUUACGGAAAACGGCUUGAAGAAGAGGACUUCUCCGAGUACGACAGCUCACUCGGAGAAAUUGUUCACAGCACCAAAGAGGAGCUAGCAGCCCUGCAGAGAAGAACCCCCAAACUCCAGCCUCUAUUAGCAAUUGUCCAGGCAGGUGAAGAUUACACUUUGGAGAUCAAUAAGAAAAUAGCAGGAAAGAUUGGCUUUGAUAUUAGUCAAGUUUGUCUGAGGAAGACGAGCAGUGAAGAUGAGAUCAUAGGGGAGUUGCUGAAGUUGAACGAUGACCCCAAGGUCAGCGGGGUUUCCCUCCACCUCCCCCCGGCGCUCCUGACCAGCCGAGUGGUCAACACGCUCAGACCUGAGAAGGACGUGGACUGCAUUACUGAUGUGAAUAUGGGCCGCCUCGUGCAGGGAAACCUCAACGAAGGAUUUGUUCCACCUCUGGCCGCUGCUGUUCUAAGUCUUCUGCAGAAACACGAUGCGUCUUUGGAAGGGAAAACAGUGCUGCUGGUUGGAGGAGAAGGACCCCUCAAACUGGCCCUCCAUUGUUUGAUCGAAAGGAACGGGAUGUUCGUUCAGAACAGCCACUUGAACUCCAACAGCUUACAGUCACAGGUAAUGCAUGCAGAUGCUCUGGUCCUCCUGGGUGCAGAGAGUAUGGAGAUUCCCUCCACCUGGGUCCGACCCGGAGCUGCAAUCAUUCGCUAUGAUCAAACCAUCAGCUCAUCCUCAAGAUCAGGGUUGGGAUUCCUCACAGCAGCGUACAGAGCACAGAAUGUGGUGCAAAGCUGCAGCCGGUGGCUCCAGGAGCAGCAGUACAGACCCUGGCACCUGCACCCCCUUAAACUGCAGCCCCUCAGCCCUGUACCCAGUGACAUCGAGAUUUCCAGAGCUCAGACACCCAAACCAAUCAAUCAGCUGGCUGCGGAAAUCGGUCUGCUGCCAGAGGAGCUUGAGGCGUAUGGGAGGAGCAAAGCCAAGGUCCGCCUCUCCCUGUUGGACCGCCUCCACUCGCGGCCUGAUGGCAAAUACGUUCUGGUUGCAGGCAUAACUCCCACCCCCCUCGGCGAGGGUAAGAGCACGGUGACCAUCGGCCUCGUCCAGGCCAUGUCUGCUCACCUGAAGCUCAACUCCUUUGCGUGCCUCCGACAGCCUUCCCAGGGGCCCACCUUUGGGGUCAAAGGGGGGGCUGCAGGAGGAGGGUACGCCCAGGUCAUCCCCAUGGAGGAGUUCAACCUCCACUUGACGGGCGACAUUCACGCCAUCACAGCAGCCAAUAACCUUGUGGCUGCAGCCGUCGAUGCCAGGAUGCUCCACGAGGCGACACAGUCAGACAAGGCGUUGUUCAAGAGACUGGUUCCCUCUGUGAAUGGAGUUAGAAAAUUCUCCCCCAUCCAGAUCUCCAGGCUUCAACGUCUCGGCAUUCAUAAAACAGAUCCUGCAUCUCUCACGCCUCAAGAAGUCGCCGCCUUUUCUCGUCUCGACCUCGAUCCUUCCAAGAUUACCUGGCACAGAGUGGUGGACACAAACGACCGCUUCCUGAGGGCGAUCACUAUAGGACAGGCGAGCACCGAAAAAGGACAGACCAGAGAGACGGGGUUCGACAUUGCUGUCGCCAGUGAAAUCAUGGCCAUUCUGGCUCUUUCCGACAACCUGGGAGACAUGAGGAGCAGACUGGCGCGUAUGGUGGUGGGAACCAGCCGGUCCGGAGAACCCGUCACAGCAGAGGACCUGGGCGUGAGCGGAGCGCUGGCAGUGCUGAUGAAAGAUGCCAUCAAGCCCACGUUGAUGCAGACUCUUGAGGGUACGCCGGUGUUUGUCCACGCCGGGCCCUUCGCCAACAUCGCCCAUGGCAACUCCUCAGUGCUGGCAGACAAGCUUGCUUUGAAGUUGGUUGGACAGGAUGGCUUUGUGGUGACUGAAGCAGGUUUUGGGGCCGACAUCGGGAUGGAGAAAUUCUUCAACAUUAAGUGUCGAGCUUCGGGGUUGAAGCCGAACGUGGUGGUUUUGGUUGCGACCGUUCGGGCCCUCAAGAUGCACGGUGGAGGUCCUAAUGUCUCAGCAGGUGCACCUCUUCCCAGAGAGUACAUAGAUGAGAACCUGAGUCUGGUUGCAGGAGGUUGCCAUAGCAACCUUAGGAAGCAGAUCCAUAUUGCAAAGCUGUUUGGAGUACCUGUCGUCGUGGCGCUCAAUGCCUUCAGGACCGACACUCCAGCGGAGAUUGAUCUGGUCUGCCAGAUAGCGAAAGAGUGCGGCGCAUCCGACGCCGUGUCGUGUCUGCACUGGUCUCAGGGUGGGCGUGGCUCUCUGGAGCUGGCACGGGCGGUGAAAGAAGCAGCUCGCCAGCCCACAAACUUCCAGUUCCUGUACAACACAGAGAUGCCGCUAGUGGAAAAGAUCCGAACAAUCGCCCAGAAAGUGUACGGAGCGGACGACGUCGAGGUGACCCCGGAAGUUCAGAGGAAGAUAGAUUACUACAAUCAGCAGGGCUAUGGUUCACUGCCCAUCUGCAUGGCCAAAACCCACCUGUCCCUGUCUCACCUGCCUGACAAAAAGGGGGCGCCGACUGGAUUCGUGUUGCCGAUCAGAGAUAUCCGGGCCAGUAUCGGGGCUGGAUUCAUCUACCCGCUUGUCGGAACGAUGAGCACGAUGCCCGGCCUGCCCACCCGGCCCUGUUUCUAUGACAUCGACAUCGACCCGAUCACAGAGGAGAUCAUCGGACUCUUCUGAGCGUGCUCACUGUGCUUCUGUUAAUUCUACUUCCUGCUUAAUCUGCUGUGAAUCUUGAUUUCUUUAGAGAUAAUCCAACUUGAGUUAGUGAAAAUCUUUCACCAAAUAGUCCACAUGUAGCUGUGUUUUUCAGGUAAAUAUAUUAGUUAGUUACUCUUCUUUUGAACUUUCUAACUUAAAAAUAUUUCACAACCAAAGUAUUUUUACUACAAAAUGUGCAUAUUUACUACCUCAAGUAUUGAUUUAUGCACUGAAAGUCAGUAUGUUUGUUACCUCUUGUGUUAAAACUUUGAACUUCACUACAUUUCAAACUAUUUAGUUUUUACUCAAAGUUUAUUUUAAUGUGUGUACACAACAUUUUUUUUUUUAACAAUUUAAACAUUAUUUGCUUUGAUUUGUUUCUUAACAUACGAGUCAAUCCUUUUUUUCUGUCAAACUGAAGACGGACGUCUUAAAAGUGCCUUCUAAAUAAACUUUUUACGUUGUCAAGCUGUCA